AUGGCCCUCCUCUUCGCGCUGGCGGCUUUGGCGACAGCGCAGAGCAUACCGUACACGCCGACACGAGUGUUUACGUCCAGCUGCAGCAGAAACAAGAGCGACAGCAAUGACUGCUCCGGCGCGGAUCUCGCAUACAUCUUGACGGACGGGUCACUCCUGUCCUACAACUAUUCUUCUUCGUCCACCGACCUCGAGGUGGUCACCGACACGCUGCCCUUCAACGACACCGAUAAGGAGACGUACAACGCCGUCAGGACGAGUACGGGCCUGAUAGUGUAUGGAGGAAAGUGUGGUUCCACGAAUGGACAGAUGUGGACAUUUACGACGAAAUGGGAACAAGUCACCCUCAUGAACGAUGGCAACGGAUAUGGGCCGUGGUUCCUGGGUGGCAUGGUCGCGCAAGAGUCCGACUCCGCGAACGACACGACUCUGUACGCCUACGGAGGCAUGUGCGGAUCAUCGCAAUCGGCGGGCGAGUACACCAAGACCAUGCUGAGCAUCGCGCCUGUCGACGAGGAUCAGACGGCGAUCCCUGACAGGGCGGGCUUCAGCUUGGGCGUGGCCUCGACGGGGGGGCCAAGAGUGCCCAUGGCCGGCUUCAGUCUGACGACAUUGGAGAAUGGGGACACUGUCCUGCUGGGCGGUCAUGCGCAGGCCGGUUUCAUCAAUAUGAGCACGGCAGCGGUGUGGUCUCUGCCGGGGGAGACCUGGGAUUUCGUCGGCAUCAAUGCGCCCAGCUCGACUUCGUCAGGAGAGCUGGUCAGGGACGAAGCUAGGGGUGUCUUCUCCCGCUCCGGCCACACAGCUGUCCUCAGUGGCGAUGGGAGUAGGAUCGUCAUCUUGGGAGGUUGGGUCGGGGACGUUGAUACCCCGGCGGAGCCGCAGCUUGCCGUCCUCGACCUUGGGAACGGAUACGAUGACUGGACGUGGGAGGUCCCCAAGGAGCAGCCCACAGAUGGACUCUACGGCCAUGGCUCCGCGAUCUUGCCGGGAGACGUCAUGGUCGUCUACGGAGGAUGGACUAUUAGCGGUGGAAAGGGCAAGAGAAGCGACAAAGGACUGAGUUUCCUGAGCCUUGACGACAUGACCUGGUCGAGCAGCUAUACGAACCCAAACAGCGCCAGUGGAGGCAGCGAAAACACCAAGGGCAGCAACAGCAACAACGACGACGGCGAGCACAAAGCAGGCGACAGUAAGGGAGAGUCCGACGCUGCGCCUGACAGCACCGACGAUGGCUCAGGACCAAGAACCCUUGGUCUAGGUCUAGGUCUUGGCUUAGGACUGGGCCUUAUCCUGAUCGUCGCCCUUGUGCUCCUGGGCUGCCGUUACUGGCGGCGAAAGAAGAAGCGCGAUAGCAGGGACUCGAUGGUCCGAGGACUCACGACGAACAUGACGCCGCAUGAGGAGAUGUCCGAACAGGAUGACUUCUUCUCCGUCUGGGGCCGAGGCAACUGGGACGCGGGAUCAAUGCAGGAUCCGUACAGCCUGGGACGCAAGAGCUUGGGAUACGAGAGCUUACGGGGCCAAAGAGCUGGUCUCCACGAGCCCAGUGCCAUGCCACCUCCGUUGCGGCUACCAGGCAACACGAGGCCCUUGCGAACAGGCUAUGCACCAGCCCAGGGGAACCGCAUCCACCCGAUCCUGGAGGACGAUGAGGACGCGGACUCGCGGAAUCCUCACACACCCACGUCCGACGUGCUGACCGACCCAUUUGCCACGCCGCCUACCGCGCCUGUAACAGCAGCAGCAGCAGCAUAUUCCCCUAUGAGGGGACUGGCGACGCCUAGUCCAGACGGGAGACGACGCCACGAUCCUGAUGUGCAGGAUUGGGUCUCCGAUGUGGACGCCUCGGAUGGCCUGCUCGCAAGGAUGGGAAGGGUUUCGCCCACGAGGAGGGACGAUGACAGCCGGACGGGCAGCAAUCUCAGUGAGGCGUCGUCGAUGAUGAAAUUCACGCCCAAUGGACGACGGCAACAGGUGCAGCAAGAGAAGCCUGGGAGCUCCAGUGGCAGCUCGCUCAGCUACAAUACUGCACAGUCCCACGCUGCCUCUUUCAACAUGCUGCAACGCGAGGGGCCAAGUCUGCUGCUCGGCCACACGGGACCGGUAUCCCCCGCCUACGACGACGACGAGGCGCCCGGGUCGCCGUCCAAGUCCAAGCCCCGACGCGGCUGGCUGGGUUCGCUUCGACGCGUGUUCAGCACGACGGACAGCGCCAGUUCGAGAGAGACGAUCACACCCUCGCCACAUUCGUGGCAGCACGACGAUAGCCAGGGGUAUUCGGAGGACCGCAUGCCCGGACUGAGCGGCGAGCUUCUUAGAAGGAAGCAAGGUCGUCGCGACUGGGAGUUUGGACACCCACCUGAGCAGGCACACGGCGGUGGCCCGGGGCAAGACGACGCGGGACCCAGUGAGUGGGAUAUCGAGCGGGCGGCGGAGCAACGCAUGGUGCAGGUCAUGUUCACCGUGCCCAAGGAGAGACUACGGGUGGUCAACAGGGCGGAGAAUGACGGGAUCAGCGAGAGAAGUGUGGUCAGUGUGGUACCGCCGCACCAGCCUCCGUCGUCUCCGCCUCCGAUGCCUGCCCCGACGACCACAAGAGGGGAGGAAGACGACAAGAUCAAGCGGGUGACGCUGAGCGACGGUGAUGUCUUUGUGGACGACCACAUGCAUCAUGAUGGUGGUGAUCUGGGUGUACGUGAGAAGGACUUUCUGAUGCCCACCGAUGCGAGGAGUACCGGUGGCAAAAGCAGCUUGAGCCUGACGGACGACGGUGACAGUAGCUCACGGCGGCAUAGCGCGGUCAUUGAGACGGCGGAGACGAUGACGAUGGAGAGACCCAAGCCCGCGUCCAAGGUGCUGAGAAUGGUGGAGAGCAUUGAAUCGGCCAAGAGCCUGGGCUUGGCCAAGGAUGCUUAUGUAGAAGGAUAG